CGUGCAGCGUGGCGAAGCAGGCAGGCAGUAUACACCCGAGUGCGUAGCGGAAGGGGCAGUACUCUUGUGUAGCGAGGGCUACACGAAGCUGGCAAGAUGCCAACGAAUAACCUCACCACGAGGUCGGGCAUGAAUUUCCCAGCAGCUGUUGGCCUGUGGCCGACACGCGGUGAAGAUACCAAGAGCCCUGGGAACAACGACAACAUCACAGCCACCGCCACAGAUCGACAUCGCUUUCGUGAAGGAACAUUUCUCGUUGUGAUAGCAUGUUUGCUGGCUUCCAACUGGCGUUUGAGACACAAAGGGAUCAACAGUGCGAGGCCGCGAAAAACGUCCAACGGCCAGUCCGAGUUGCCCGUCCGCAGCACGGCGAAACUCUCCGCACUAAUGCUGCUGUUAGAUCGCGGCUUGCGUAUGGCUGCCUACGUCGCUGUGCAGCUCUUGAAGCUUUUCAGCGGCCGAAUUGGCAGUUGGCCGCAAAAGAAGGGCUUGCACACCAGGCAAGAAGGAUUGCCAGAAAAGCCCGAAACGGUCACGCUGGAUGAUGGCAACUCCCCAAAGCUUGAGCGGAAGAGGCCUCGCACGGAAUGUGCUCCAGGCGAACGAUCGCUUUCACCAAUAGGAGCUCCGCGUCAUGUGGCGGUUAUUAUGGACGGCAAUAGGCGCUUCGGUCGAGUCAAGUAUGGAGACCCACUCAAGGGACACUCUGAUGGGGGCAAAAGGUUGGGAGAAUUCCUUGAGUGGUGUAUGGAGGCCGGGGUUGCUGUGGCGACGGCCUUUGCUUUCUCGACUGAAAACUGGAAACGAGAUGCGCACGAGGUGAAUCUGCUGAUGGAUCUGGUGUGUACAUCAUGUGGUGAGCUCAUGGAAGACGCCGGAAAGAAAAAUAUGCGGAUACGUGUACUUGCAUCUGACGCAACAAAGCUGCCCGAACGGGUGCUGUCGGCGAUUCAAAAGGCCGAAGAUGCAACGAGAGAUUGCACUGGGUUCUUGUUUAACAUCUGCCUGAGUUACGGUGCUCGGCAAGAACUGGCGAACGCGUGCCGGCAGAUUGCACAAGAAGUGGCCAGCGGUGCCACGAGCCUUGACUUGGUCGACGAGUAUGCCGUAGAGCGGCAUCUAUUGACCAAAGGUCUACCGGAUCCAGACCUCCUCAUUCGGACGUCUGGAGAAAAACGGGUGAGCAACUUUCUCCUCUUCCAGAUGGCUUACACGGAGCUAUUUUUCGUGGACAAGUUGUGGCCAGAUAUCACUCGGCGUGACGUGCUCGACAUUUUCGAGGCGUUCAAGACACGAAAGCGCAGGUUUGGGUGCUAAAAAAGGGCUCACGUGAAACAAACGCUCAAGGCAUCUUCAGCGCCCACUUUGAGGUUGUCUAGUUGGUUUUGGAUGGCGAGGAGUUUGCCGGAUCACCAGAGUUGUGCGAGACUGCAUUUCCACAUGGUCAUAGCUUGGUUACAUCAUUAUUCCGCACCGCUCCUUAACAUGGUAACUGACGGGUUCUUAGUACUUAUAGUUAGAUGACUCCAGGUAGCUUUCCGUAGCUGGCUGAUCUUGCCAGGAUCGGAGAAUCUACGUCGUCUCGGACGGUAAAUUGUUGCCUUUCCGCCCAGAGCGUGAAUCCGGAUCACCACUGGAAACCUCGACGGGCUUUCGUUUUCAUCGCGAGAAGAGUUCAGCAAUCCUCUCGACCUCGUUGACAGCUGAGUUGAACGAACUUGUGUCUUAAGCUGGGCUUCGAACACACGAGCUCGACCAUCGCAUCGAGCAUGCAUGCAGAGGAUGGGGGUACGAUGUCCCCACUACAAUUCACCGAAUCCAGGUAGUGUUAUUUCAGUAGCCCCUUUUUCCACGCACACCGCCCGUGGUUUUCGGAAGCCACUUUCAGUGUCUGCUUGCAUGAAGAAGAUCGGCGAUUUUGAUGGACCGAGGGUCCGCAAUUUUGUUUUGGUGUUCAAGUCCGGUUUGUUCUCUAAAAAUGCAAGGGACGUGUUCUUCGAUCGAUCUUGAGAUUGAUGUACAGCAGUAGGUGUCCCAAUGUAGUGCCGGUUGAGUAAUGCCAAAGUCCGGUUGAGUGCCGGUAAAUUCACUUGUCACUGACAGAGGCUAAUAGUGCUAACCGGCACUAUUGCUGCCCGCUACAGUGCCGGUUCAGGCACUAUCGUACCCCUCAAUAGUGCCGGUUCAGACUUCCCACACACACAAGACACCAGGGACACAGACGUCAUACACACGCCUUACACCACCCGUAGGAGUACACGUGCUGCUGCUGAAGACCCUACCAGCGCUAAGCAGAGGCGCACUAUACCCUGUGUGGAAGGUGAAUUGUGCCACCUGAAGAACACCAUGCCACAAGACACUCAUGGCCAUGCUUGCCAGGGAGGAUGUGGCGGGCGGCUCCACGGCAUACGCGGAAGCAUUGUUGACGAUGAAGACGAGAAUUUGUCGAGAUAGAUUGAGGGUCAGGGGGGUAGAUCAGCAUUGCUUCAGCGGUUUCCUAACAUUUCUCUUUGCGAUCGUUGUUCUUGCUUCUAAAGGCUUGCUUUCGGUUCUCAAGUUUCAUCGAAGGACGCGGGAGGGUUGUUUUUCUUCUUCACUCCUUUGGAUUUGCGUCUGCCUUGCGUUCUUGGCGUGAGCUCUACAACCAUGUUUACCUCCUCAUGUGCGUCGGGUGCGCGCGCAUGAGCGUUUUUCUUCCACUGGCGAUGGGUGCCUUUGAGGUUGCCUGCAUAGUGCUACGGCCUUGCCACAAUAGUACAUCAUGUUAUUGCGAGGUGCCUUUUGAAUUGGCAGUACGUUCUACGGUUGAAAGGCAGCAGCAACGUUUCUUUGCUGUGGAACAAAUCUAUCUGGUCAACCAAGUUAAUUUUUAUGUGACCAAUGCCGUGUUUUCAACAGCCCAAGAGCCUCACGAAACUUGUUGAAGCCCGCCCGCGUCGCCCACCUCACGAUCGACCCAUAUACCGUUCGUUUGGUGCUCUGUCAGCCCCGCAAAGCGCAAGCGCUGCACUCUGAAGUCGCACAGUCCUGAAUAGUGCCAAGCCGGCACUAUAGAGGGAUUUUCAGACCCUGAAUAGUGCCGUUU